AUGCCGAGGCAACCGCCCGCGGGGGGAGACGCGGUGGGUGAGUGGGGGGCUACCAGCAGAAGCAACCUUAGACCGAUGCCCACAGACAGCAGCAAGGGCGGCAUGGGGGGUGGGGGCAUCGGCGCGAGGUCGACGUCGGCGCUGCUGGACAAGCUGGCGCACGAGCAAGAUCGCGGGCAGGCGGUCAUGAUGCCUUUGAUGAACUGGGACGACUGGACCCCGGACCGCUUGCACUGGACCUACCCGGCCGUCGUGCACGCCUUCCCGCGGUGCCUCUACGAGGCCGCGAACACCACCACCCGGCGCCGCCGGCAAGGCGGCACGCGGCGGAACCGGUGCCGUUCCGACGGUGCCCCGGCGAUGCCGCCGGUGGCGGCGGGGGAGGGAGCCAGGGAAGCACGAGGUCGAGCGAGCGGGGUACCACUACCCCAGGGGAGGGACGGCAAACGGGAUGGACCAGACGAGGAGACCUCCCCAUGGGGGGCGGCGGUGGUUGAUCGAGAGGCGGAGGCUGCGGAGGCGGCGGCGGCAAACCCUCCAAGCCCGUUCGAGCCGCUCUCGCUGGGGGAGGUGUCCAUCAGAACGGCGCCCGCUUCCGACCUCGCCCCAGCCGGGGUGGGCGCGGGGCCGUGGAGGCGGCGGUGGCUCGUGCUGCGGCAGACGUACAUGUUCGAGCUCUUGGAGCCGCCGUCGCCUCCGGUGCCCACCCUGGUUCUUGCGAGCGGCCGAAGUGGAGCAGGGGACGAGGUGGGGGCGGCGGCGGCUGUCGAGCAGGGUGGUGGUGGCCUAGAAGACGAAGCGGGAAGGCGGAAGGUCAGGAAACUCGACCAGGAGCAGCCGCAGCAGCAACGGCUGCCGGGAGAAAUGGGGCCGGCGGCGGCGGCGGCGGCGGCGGCGGCCAGAGACGAGGGCCGGGAGGGCAACGACGACGGUGGCGCCCAAAAGUACGUCGCCCCCGUUGGGUUUGCAUGUCUCAGCAAGGCGUCCGUCGAAGACGGCGGGAUUAACUGGGGUCCGAAGACCCUGCUUCUGAGGUGCCAAGCUCGCCCCGCGGACAUCUCUCGCGAAGAGGCUAGCGCUGCCGCCGUUAUCGGCGGCGGCGACGGCGACGUCGUUGGCGGGAUCGCAAGCGUAAGGGCAAGGAGGCGGGUCGGUACGAAGAUCUGCGUGGAGCUGAGGGUGCCUAGCCCCGAGGUCGGCGAGCGCUGGGCAGCCCUCUUCCGAGAACGGGCAGCUCUAGAAAUGGCCUCGUUGUUCGAGCCCAGCCCCCCUGACUUCGAAGACAACACCAAGGGCGGCGGCAGCGGUGACAGUGGCAGCGGUGACCACCACAGCGGAGGGGGCGACGGCGUUGGAGGGGGGGCGGGGUUCCGUGGCGGCGGCGCAGAAGGGGGGGUCGAGACGGACACCGGUUUUUCCGUGCUCGGGACAGGACGUUUCUCCAGGGUGGUGUGGGCCAGGAGGAAGCGGCCCUGGGCGAGGGCUGGGGGUAGCGUCUCGGCGAUAAAGAUUGUCAACAAGCAGGCGUUCUGGUCCCGCGUCCGCGUCGGCAAGGAGCGGGUUGACACCCUCGCCAGGGAAGUCUUCUGCCAGACCACCCUGACCAUCAAGGGCGCGGAUGCCGCCUCGGGAGCAGCAGCCGGCGGUGACCCCUCCUCCCAAGAAAGUUCCGAAGAACGCUCCGAAGAACGUUCCGAAGAACGUUCCGAAGAUCGGUCUUCUCGGGGGGCGGGCGGGGCGGAGGCGGUGGUUGCCUGUGACGGCACGGGGGGCGGGGGGAUCGUCCGCAUCCACAGCAUCUUCGAGACGGCGGACGACUUGAUCCUGGAGAUGGACCUCAUGUCGAGGACGGACCUGUUCGACCGACUGUUGGAGCGGGACGGCGCCUUGUCGGAGAGGGAGGCGGCGGGGUUGACCGUAAACUUGCUUCGCGCGAUCGACAAGUGCAACAGGCUCGGGUUCUGCCACAGAGACGUGAAGCUGUCCAACCUCCUGUACCCCGGGCCGGCCUCUACUCACGGACCCGAGUGCGUCCUUCUCGCCGACUUCGGGAUGGCCACCACGGCCGGUCGGGACGGCUUGGUUCGUGGAAGGUGCGGCACUUCGGGCUACGUUGCCCCGGAGAUACUGAAGGCCGGAAAGCAGGAGGGCUACGGCAUGAACGUGGACAUAUUCUCGAUGGCUGCUCUGUAG